ACGUUUUGCCAUUCUUGCAACCAUCCCCGUAUUAGAACACCGGCCGGAAGAGAUGUUGAGAAUUUUAAAAUAGAAAGUUAAAUAUUUCCUGAAUAUUGCUGAUAUUCUGAAAGAGAACAUGUCCGAGCACCCCUUAACAAUGAGAAGACCUCAGGUAAAGCGUCAGUUGAGUAUAGAUGACAUUGGGAAUCAGGGACGAGUCUUGAUGAAUGACUUUAUAACAGAACGACUCCGGCAAGAGCACAUUGACGAUACGCCAGCUGUGGCUGACCUUGAAGAACCGGGCACCCCAUCAGGUCCACCAUUAGAACAUUUUAAAGACAUUGCUAGAGCACUUAGAUGUAUAGCUGAUGAACUGGACCAAGACAAGAGAAUACAGAGAAUAAUUGCAAAAGUGCCUCCAGAUGCGCCCCAGCAAACGUUCUUCAAUGUGGCCAAUGACUUCUUCCUGGACGGGGUGAUGAGCUGGGGAAGGGUUGCAACUCUUUUCUACUUUGGAUACAAAAUGGCAGUCAAGGCCAUCGACAAGAUUCCUUUAAUCAGGGCCAUAAUAAACUGGGUGAUCAACUUCAUUGUGGACACAUUUGCUCCAUGGAUUAUCUCAAGAGGCGGCUGGGAAGCUAUAGUGGAAUAUUUUGGUACUCCGACAUGGCAAUUUUUGGGCCUGACAUUGGGAGGGUUUGCAGCAGCAGGAGCAGUGGUUGCCUACAAUGUAUGGGGGCGAUAACACCCCUGCACUCAGGAAAAAUCCAUUUUGAAAUUGUGUAAUUUGUUGUAAGAUGUUGAUCCAUCCUAUACCUGUAAAGUGGAUUUGACACUCUCAAACUGUGUUUACAAAUAGAGUCCUUUAUAGAUAGUUUUAUAUUAACAUAAAAUGUUAUUGCAUUGUUUUUAAGACUGUAGAUACUUUGUGUUGUUUUUCUUGUCAAAGUUUCUCUUAAAACUUUUCUUUAAAAGAAAAGUUACUUAAAUUAACACAUUAAUUGUGUAAUGGUCAAUCACCAAUGGUUACUUUGAGGUUGUACAUUUUCCUGUUAUCUUUGUGUACAUGUACUGAACAAUUGCUGGAACACUACUAGAGGUACAUUUGAUAAGUUUUUUUUCCAAAAGUGGCCAAAAAGGCUGUUUAAAUUUGAUAAGAUGAAUGAGACAAUAGUAUUUUAUAUUGAUAAGAAACAUGUGUAGGUAAUAUAUCUGUCAUUAUUUUAUUUCGCCUCCAAUGUUUUUCAAAAUGAUAUAAAUACAGAAUAUAUAUAAUGCUCAUAUCAUCACAUUUGGAAUGAGUGCUACAUUUGUUAUAAACCCCCACUUGUAUCUGAUGUUUCUUAAGUUCUCCUUUUGACCUUGUAUUGAUGCUGUAAGUCUUUUUAACCAAGUUUGCACAUAGUGAAACCUAGUUAUUAGAAUGACAUAUCCGUUGUUUGGGCUGGCGUGCGGGUGAAUGGGCUGUGUCAAACUCACCUAUGAAACUGAAUGACUGUAGUUGACAUAUCUUAUCCAAACUUUUCAUGUGAUUGCAUUUGGGGUCCUUACAGUCAAGGUCAAGAUCACUGUUAUUAAAAAUAGAAAAAAAAUGUUUGAAUCUAACUUUAGUUAGGGUAGACAAAUCUUUACUAAACUUGAGACGGUUCAUGGGAUUGCGUUUGGAGCCCCUAGGGUCAAAGUCACUGUCACUAAAGAUAGAAAAAAUGGUUGAAACUGAAUAACUUAAGUUAGGAUUGACAUAUCCUAACUGAAUGCCACAAAGAAGGUUGAAGUUCUUUUGUCAAUCAUUGAGAACCUGGUUUCAUCUUAUUGCUGCAUUUCUUUUAAAUAUUGUACAAUAAACUUGCCUAUUAAAUAGUAUAGUGUACCUGGUGUAUGUACCUGGUUUAUUAUGUUAGCAAUGGAUGUUCGAUAAAAUUUACAUGCUGUUCACACCGAGAUAAUCAUAUUGUACAGACUUUUUUAAAAAGAAAAACAACAACAACAACAGCUAUAACAUCUGCACAUUUGACUAGAUUCUCCAAAUAUCUUGACAAACGGAAGAACCUAUCAAAAACAAUGUUUUUAUGUGUUGUUUUAGCAUACCGUAUUUAACUUAAUUAUCAAAUAAUUAAUACUGUUUGUUGUAAUAGUUAAUCGACUAAAAGGAUUUUGCAACUUUAUGUGUUAAGUUUCAAAAAACUAUGUACUGGAUGAAGUAUCGUAUUACAUUGAAUCAAAUGACAUGCUUCAAUUGAUGUAUAUAACAUAACAUUGUUUAUCAUGAUUACCCUUAAAUAAAUCAUUUUAAAGUCUCAUAACUCUUAAAGGUGAAAAUAACACAGUUUAUAUCAAAACAAAAAUUGUGAUCUUAGCUUAAUUCUGUUAUAACGACUGUUUGAGAAAUUCGGGACUGCCAGGGUCCCGUUUUAAUCAAGUAUUUUGGUCGUAACUUAAAAAAGAAAACUUAAAAGAACUAAAGUUUGUCGGAAAGACAACAUGUUUACUAAGGUGUGUUUUCAACUUAAAAAUUGCCUAAAUAUUCGUGCUAAAAUAAAUACAAAUAUAACAUAAAUAUGACACUAGAUAGUUUCACUUGACGACUCGAAUCGUUAUUGAACUGAGCCCAAGGUCUCAUUCGUCUGUACGUCAUUUUAGUUACAUUUAGUCACACAUGUACUCUUGUAUGUAUUAAUGAAAACAACUAUCGACGCUGUCCGACAUUAACCUUACUUUUGAUUAUUAAUCAUCAAUUGAAAACAGGAUUUAUGUUUUGUAAACAUGUAUACAAUUAUUAAAAAGUCGUGAAUAAAAAGUGUAACACGGAAAA